GACUCGACUGCCUCAGCGACGCAAAACUUUGAUUCGGCGCUUUCAAAGCUAAAGAAAGAGACCCGCAGUCAGGAUGUGCUCUCGCCACAGCAGAAAAAGGAAGAGUUGGCCAAACUUUUCAACAUUGACAUAAACAGCAUCAAGCCCAAGAAGAAAGGUGCCAGAUCCAUCACACCAAGGAGGCCCAUAGUCAUUCCGCUGGCAUUGUUAGCACGCAGCCGUGCAAACUCGCCAGAAAUCGAGAAAGUGAGCCUUCAUUCCUUGGAAGAUGAGCUCUCCUCUGAAGACGAGGACGAGCCUGCCGCUGCGAGCGUAAAUCACACGCUUUUGUCUGAACCAGACGCUCCUCGUGUAUCAGCCAGCAGAAAGGCCUUGCAGUCUUUAUGCCAGAAUUCAAACCCAAGAGCAUCCCUUUCGCGGGUCAUCUCCUACUUAGUCCUUUGGCUUGGCUUGGUGAGUGCACUUCUUUUCGGAUACUGGUACAGAGAGCAGACCUUCCUCGUUGGAUACUGUGGCCAGUCCAUCAACCGCAGAACUGUUCCUGAUACACCAGACACGUCGAGAAUCUUGGCGGGGCUUGGGGAGUACUUGGACAACAACUUCAAACCCGAGUGUGUAGAGUGCCCCCAACAUGCCAGAUGUUUCCCCCGCCUUGAGGUUGCGUGCUACGAUGAUUUCGUGGUCUCGACGCCAUGGUACUACCCGUAUGUGCCCAACUUCAAUCUCAAGGCACAGAAGUGUAUACCCGACACAAAGAAGGCCGAGAAGAUCGAGAUUAUGAUUGACGUUGCUCUUGAUCUCUUGAGGGCAAGGAAUGCCAAUGAGAACUGCGGCCGCUCGGACGCGGAUGACACCGGUGCAGGGCUCCAUGUUUCGGAGCUCCACGAUCUUUUGUUGGCAUUGAAAGCCCCAUACAUCACUGAAGAGGAAUUUGAGGAGUUAUGGGAGCGCUCCGUGGUGGAGUUGGAAAAAGAACCCGAAAUAAUUGUAAGGCAAGUCAGACACACCAAUCAUCUCAUACCAUCCCCAGUUGACUCUAACGACCCUGUUGCAGAGACGUACGACGAAAGCAAGGUUCUUCGAUCAACGUCCUUAUCGCACGUCAGUCUCAAGUGCAUGAUGUCAAAUACGAUUCUUAGUUUAGCCUUGCGAUUCAAGAAGACGUUGGCUGCCGUUGCUGCGUUAUGUGCUGCUGUCUACGCUGCUUAUUGGAAGUACCAGCAGUACAAGCUCUACUCGGACAAAGUGGACACACUCUAUCACGAGGUUUUGAGUAAGCUCCAGAGACAAGCCAGAUUGGGCCGAGACUCACGUGAGCUUCCCAAAUUCAUUGGGUCCGUACAGCUCCGUGACUUAAUUCUCAGCAGCGAGCGUAAUCUCUCGUACAAAAUGAGGCUUUGGCAAGCCGUGAGCCACAAGGUCGACCGCAACACUAACGUGAAACACGAGCUUUUGGAGGUGCAUGGUGAGGUCAUGAAAGUGUGGCAGUGGAUCUCG